CGAAUAUCUAAAAUCGAAAAUUUCAUAAGGCCUAUACUAACUAUGGAUCCAGGGGAGGGUUGGGCCGGGGCCCGGGGUGGCCACCCCCUGGAUCCGCCACUGCCAUCGCUGAAUUAUCCUUUUUUUCUCUCUAGUUUCGUAGAACCGCUCUGUCAAAGAAUCCUUUUGCAGAGUCGUAGAUCAUAGUCGUAGCUUGUAGUCAUAGUCGGGGAGCUCUCUAGAGAAACCUCCAUAGGAGUAGAGGUAACGUAACUUAGAACACUCCUGGUUCGGUUUCUGGUUAUUCGUCG